GGACCCUACGGCCUUUUGUUUCUCUCUUCUCCAUUACUUUCCUUAAAACUCUCUCAUUAGCUCAUUAUUGAUAAAGCCAACUAACCAAUUAUUUGAGAUUAAUUAUUAAUCAUCGACAAAACUCAAAUGGGAAGAUCACCUUGCUGCGAGAAGACUGGCCUCAAGAAAGGGCCAUGGACGUCUGAGGAAGACCAGAAGCUUGUUGACUAUAUCCAGCAACAUGGAUAUGGUAACUGGAGAACCCUCCCCAAAAAUGCUGGUUUGCAAAGAUGUGGCAAGAGUUGUCGGCUAAGGUGGACUAAUUAUCUCCGACCAGAUAUAAAGCGAGGGCGAUUCUCCUUGGAAGAAGAAGAAACUAUUAUUCAUCUUCAUAGCUUUUUAGGAAACAAAUGGUCUGCUAUUGCGGCACGUUUGCCUGGAAGAACAGAUAACGAGAUCAAAAACUUUUGGAACACACAUAUUAGAAAGAAGUUGCUUAGAAUGGGCAUCGAUCCAGUGACUCACAGUCCCCGACUUGAUCUCCUUGAUAUCUCAUCCAUCUUGGCAUCAUCUCUGUACAAUUCCUCUUCACAUCAUGUCAACAUGUCAAGACUCAUGAUGGAUGCUCAUCGUCAACAGCAACAACAUCCUUUGGUUAACCCGGAGAUUCUCAAACUCGCUACCUCUCUCUUUUCUCAAAACCAAACCCAAACCCAAAACCACAACCAAAACCUAAACUUCGUGGUGGAUCAUGACACAAAUACCCACGAGCACCACUCAGUUUAUCAUCAAGAUGUUAACCAAGCCGGAGUAAAUCAGUACCAAACCGGCCAUCAAGAUUACCAACCUUGCAUGCCGCCAUUCCCCAAUGAAGCUCAGUUCAACGACAUGGGUCAUCAGUUCAAUGGUUUCGGAGAACAAGCUCUCGCUUCAACCUCGAAUACAUCGGUCCAAGAUUGCAAUAUUCCAUCGUUCAACAACUUUGCGAACUCUAGUUUUGUAUUAGAUCCUUCUUAUUCGGACCAGAGCUUUAGCUUUGCUAAUUCGGUCUUGAACACGCCAUCCUCGAGCCCGACAACAUUAAACUCCAGUUCCACGACUUACAUCAAUAGUAGCAGUUGCAACACUGAGGAUGAAAUGGAAAGCUAUUGCAGUAAUCUCGUAAAGUUUGAUAUUUCCGAUUUCUUAGACGUUAAUGAUUUUCUCAUAUAAUUUAUAAGAAACAAAAUAAAAGUUUAUUGGAAUAGUUUAUUUUACUUGUAAUUUUAAGGCUUUGUUUUUCUAUUUGAAUUGGUUUACAUGUAAUGUAAAAUACAGUUUGUUCACGUUCUUUUGUUUAAUUGUGUUUUAGAGUUAAUAGUACGUAAAACCAUUUUUAGUUUC